AAAGCAAAAUUUGUUAUGCGAUAAAAAUUCGAAUUUUAAGUCGUCACUGUCCGAAACUUUUCCUUUUCGAGGUUUUUCUGAGAGCGAGAUUUCUAUGAUUCCCAGUCAUAUAAAAAACGCAGUUUCAUCAAAUCGUUUAAAUAAUAAUUCAAAGAAUUGGUUGGAGAGAAAUAUGUAUCAAAUGCCGUCUUAUCGACAAUAUCUGCUUAAUAAAAAAUAUUAUGUACCAACUAAAAUUAAUAAUAUUACAUCUGAAUCACAUCCUCGUCACUUGUCUCAGACGGAUACACGCUCCACAAAGAUGAAUAACAAUAUUGAAAUAAUAACAGAUUUAUCCCAAAAUAAGACUCUUCAACAAUUUAAUGAUGUUAAAUACGAAUAUAAAAAAUAUGAACAUGCAUUUGACAAAAAUAAAAAAUCUGGUAUUUCACAUAUGAUAAUCGACAUUGGUCAAGAUGCAACAACUAAACAAACAAUUAAAGAUGAGAUACAUAAAAUGGAUGUGUGUUGGGAUGAGGAUCAAGAUAUUAUCAUAAAUGCGGAUGAUCUUUUACCAACACCUAACGAUAGACUUAAAACAAGCUUGAACAAUUUUUUAAAACGAGCACAAGAAGGAAUUUUUGUUGAAUCGGCCUUUCCAUGCAUCAGAUCGCAUCCACAGGGCUUCUUGAAUUUGGUAUGUUUUACAUCAAAAGACUCAAAAUCUGGAACACCAUCAAAAGUUUUAGGAGAUUUUACAUCUAAUGUCUCAAAUAGCGAUACCAAUAGCUGCUUAUUUUUAAACAAGCAGAACACAAAUAUUAACAUAGAAAAAAAUCAAAAAGAAUCGAUUGAAAGGACAAAACAAAAACCUAUUACUUAUGUUAAUGAAUUGCAAAAGAAACAUAAUUCUCGAGAAUUUAAUAAAAUAAUGAAAUUACAAUUACAACAAAAUAAUUAUGAUAUGAAAAAGAAACCAACUACAUUAGAGUGUAAAGAUAAUACGAAAAAAUCAAGAUACAGAUACGAAACGAUAGAAUCGAAAUCGGAUAAUAUAAACUCCGCAAUCAAUUUUCAAGCUCGUUCAAUGUCUGAACUAGCUGCAUACAAAAAACGAUACUAUGACACGUUAUUAAAUGCUCAGAAAGCGAAAGUUGCAAUAUCAAAUUCUUUAGCGUCUCCGUCGGGUCAUUUAAUAGCCUAUGAUGAUCCGUAUUAUGCGAAUUAUAUGUGCCAGCAGCAACACCUGCUUCACCAACAGCGUCAUUUGACGGCGAGAUCGCAAUUUUCGACAUAUCCGACGGAUCUAUCCGGAUUAUCGAGUGUGCACCAUGAUCAGUACAGUUGGACAAAAUCCAUCUGUAAAUAUUUAUUACUGAAGCAAUUAAGACUUCAACGGCAGACUUCGCCUCUGUAUGCCCGAAAUGAAAGUGGCUGGAUUCAUCACUAUGUUGGACACGUAUAUCCUUAUUCUUCUACGUCAAAUGGAAGCGAUCAAACAAAGUACUGCGUACGUCGUAAAAACUUGGAAAAUAUAGUUGGAAAAUUGAAGGAGAUUGAACGUAAUAGUAUUGAUCUAAAUAAUUGAGCGAUUCUGAUACAUUAAUUCGAUGAAAAGUUCCAUUGAAGUUACACACGCA